CCAUCACAUCCUCUUCCCAAAGACUCCUCACCACACACACACAUCAUCACAAAUGGCACCUAAACCAGCAGAGAAGAAGCCCGCCAGCAAGGCACCUGCCUCCAAGGCACCCGCAGAGAAGAAGGACACCGCCGGCAAGAAGACCGUCUCUGCCACUGGCGAGAAGAAGGCCAAGCGUAACACCGUGCGCAAGGAGACCUACUCUUCUUACAUCUACAAGGUCCUCAAGCAGGUCCACCCAGACACUGGUAUCUCCGGCAAGGCCAUGUCCAUCCUCAACUCAUUUGUCAACGACAUCUUUGAGCGCGUCGCCUCUGAGGCAUCCAAGCUCGCUGCCUACAACAAGAAGUCAACCAUCUCCUCGCGCGAGAUCCAGACAUCUGUCCGUCUCAUCCUCCCAGGAGAGCUCGCCAAGCACGCCGUCUCUGAGGGCACCAAGGCCGUCACCAAGUACUCUUCUUCAUCCAAGUAGAGCAACGGCAUUCAACAAGCCCGGCGGAAAACAAGAAGGACAACCCACACUUCAUCCUGUAUAUACCUGUAGUUGGCGAGUCUUUGUAUCAUAACAUCGAGACAAUUGGCUUGCAAAGUUGUGCCUUU